AUGUCCCCCAGUGCCGAAGUGACAGUUUCUGUUCCCCCAAGCCUCAAUGGCAUCAACGGUGGCUACCCAGUCAAGACGCACAAGGCAUUGCCCGAUGGGCACUUUAACGCACAGGACAGUCUUGCUCUUGGACGUCUUGCUCCCUAUGACGUCCUGACGGCUGCCCUUCCUCUACCAGCUCGGAUUCCAGAUACAGACUUCUGGUGGCGAGAAACCGGACCUCUUAUGAGCAAGCUUUUCUCCAAAGCAAAUUGCUCUCUUUACACACAUUACCAAAAUCUCAUUCUAUAUCAUACCCAUAUUGUUCCUUUACUGGGACCUCGGCCACCCAUGGAGAAUUCGGUGCAGGCGUCUACGAGAAAUGCGCCAUGGAGGUCCUUCCUGACGGAUGACUUUUCUCCUCUGGAGCCAAGUUGGAACAUGAGUGGCAACUCCUACUCACAGAGCACAAUCCGUCUCGGAAUUGAACCCGUGGGCUUUGAAGCCGGAACCGCUGCGGACCCCUUCAAUCAAGCUGCCGUGACCCAGUUCAUGCACUCACGCCAGGCUACUGAGUUGUGCGCCAACCUCGCUUUGUUCGAACACUUUCGCCACGAUCUUUUCGUCGAUCCACAAUCUUAUGCCGAGUUGAGAGCCAAAAUCCCGGAAGGAGAGCAUACCACGCAGAGCUUCCUAGCCUUCGAUUUCGACGCAGGUCGAGUCACCACCAAGGCCUACUUCUUUCCCAUUCUAGUAUCUCUAAAGGCCGGACUGAGCACAACACAGGUGGUGUCAAAUUCCAUCAUACGGCUGGCACUUAAGAGCGAUGUAUGGGGUGUACAAACCAUCGCCGCCUUGUCGGUCAUAGAGGCGUGGAUGGCUGGCUACGGCGGCGCGGCAAAGACCGAAAUGAUCAGCGUUGAUUGUGUGAAUGAGGCACAAUCACGCAUUAAGGUCUAUGUGCGCAUGCCAUACACUUCUCUGCGGAAGGUGAAGGAAGCAUAUUGUCUGGGUGGGCGCUUGACGGAUAAUAACACAGCCGAGGGCCUGCAACUGCUGGACAAGCUAUGGAGGACUAUCUUCGGAGUAGUUGAGGAGGACUUCGAACUGCCACAGAACACCCAUCGUACAGCAGGGACAAUCUUCAAUUUCGAGCUGCGGCCGGGAAAAUGGUUCCCCGAGCCCAAGGUAUACUUACCCGUCCGACAUUACUGCGAAAGCGAUUUGCAGAUCGCCAGUCGCCUACAAGUCUUCUUUGGAAAGCUCGGAUGGCACGGUGUAGAGCGAGAGUAUUCCAAGGACCUCCAAGACAUGUUGUAA